AUGUUGCUGUCGGAGUCGAUUCUGGCGCUGGCGCCAACGACGCCGCCAGUGGCAGUGGUCAUUGCGACCGUGAUUGUGGGUUUGCUUGGGCUGGGGCUAAUGUGGCGGAUUAGUCUGGCGCGAGCUCAGGCGCGGGCGGGGCCAAAGCAAGUUGAUGUGCUGGGUGUUGAUGGGGCAUCGCGAGGGCAGCUGCCGCGCGACUGCGACUGCUAUUUGACGCAAAACUAUUUCGUGGCAACGGUCAACGGCGUUGACAUUGACCGGCACUUUGACUACACGGGGCCCGAUGAGUUUGUGCGACAGCAAGCCCGCUUCUUGCGGAAGAUUGACGGGGAAACCACCCAGGCACUGCUGCGUGAGCUGCGCGAACAGGCCGACCGUCGCCGCCGCGAGCCCGACAUCCUGGCCACCCGCCAUGCCAUUAUUCAGCGCUGCUACCAGCCCAAGGACCCGGGUGUCAUGACGCUACGCCGCCAAGAUGUGGCCCCUGAAUUACUCCGUCUGAUUGAAUUGUGUGACAAGGGCGCCACUCGGGACGAUCUCGUUGGCAAAGCCCGUCUGGUGGAGCUCGGCCCGGGAAUUUACGGCUUUCCCUGUCUGCGACCCGCCUUCUGCGCCCGGCUGCUGGCGGAGCUGAAUCAUUAUCAUCACCAAUGUGAUCAGGCCAUACGCGAGAGCGUCAAUUCCAUGUCCCAGCACGGCGCCCCGCUCGCCGACCUGGGGUUCACCGCUGGCUUCUCCGAUGUGCUGAUGCGCACCAUCGCCCGCCCGCUGGUCCGAGUUCUCUUGGGUGAAGAGUUUAGUCAUCUGGAUCAUCAUCGAUGUUUUACAGUGCGGUACCGCAGCGAUCUUGACCGCAAGCUGACGCUGCACUACGACAACAGGUUUGCACCGGCCGGCCAGUCAGCCGAGCUGCAACAAGCCAUUUGA